AUGUACAUUGAGUUAAACAGAAAACUCUCCGGAUUCGUUCUAGUAGUUCUCCGGCAUAGAUGGGAUACGGUGAGACUCCAACCUCACACGAUCCUACCCCAUCGAUCUACGCACGAUCAUCACAACCCAAAUCCUGACAUGAGACAGCUCACAAAUCCCGCAGUUGACACCUCCGAUGGCAGAAUCAAGCCCACUCCCCAGACUCCGUAUACUCCGUAUACUCCCACCUUACCAAGCAGGGACGUUAUUGCGAUCGACACACACGUCCCCCAAUCGAGGGCUAAACGUUCCUGA